CGUCCGCAUGUCUAUAUCGGUAUUGCGAGAAUUGUGGGAAGGUAACUGAGCUUACAUAGGCAGAGAAAGUAUGCGGUCUUGACGAGAGAGAGCUUUAACGUUUAUAUGUUAGAAGGUUUAUCCCAUCCGGGAGUGAAGCUCUGCUUGCUCUGGUAAUGGUGAUGGUAUCGUUUUGGUUUUGCUGAUUGAUGGCGCGCUGUCUAUAAUAUAGUGUACGGUGAGCAAUAGCAGAGCUACCAUACAGUCUGGGGCCAAUCGACGUCAUACAAGUCGACGCCCUGCUUGUUUGUAAUGGCCAAGAACAAGGUUGGUGAGGAUUCAUCAGUAGCCACGAAUAUUGGUCCCACCCAGGAAGGCAAUACCAACCUAGGCUUUGAAGGCGUGGGCGAUGAAUCGUAUCCACCAAGUUACUCCCCACCUGAGGGCUACACGGGUGGAACUCCCAUGCACCCAGGAGGAAUUCCCCCUGCAGGAGCUAUCCCAGACAGCAAUAUUGGUCGUGAAAAUCCGGCUUUCGGGUCACCUGUGUCUGGAUCAGGCUGUUCAGUUAAUGAGAAGAGUGUCACUAACAUAAGUUAUGGUGACCCAGUGGAACAGGGCUCGCUUGGUGCUCUGAUCACAGAAAACAGCAACAACAAGCCGCAUCACGACAGAAGAGAGCAGCUAUACUUCAAUGACGGCAAGAGACAAAUCGACUUCAUUCUCGCCUAUAACGAUGAUGAUCCUAAGAAGGAACAGAAGCGACAAAGGUUCAUUGCCAGCCUUCACGAAGAAGGACUGAUGGUAGAGGUAGAGGACGCAUCUGAGACUAAUGGUGGUCGAGUUUCCUUCGUGAAGAUACAUGCACCAUGGGAAGUGUGUACCAGAUAUGCAGAGCUAAUGAACAUGAAAAUGCCUAUCAAGGAAAUCCUAAUCCAAGCUCUGCUGAAUCAUGAUGAGCAAAAUGAUUUAGCAGAGGAUGAGGAGUCACAGCAGUGCCUACCGAAGAUGCCAAACCCAUUUGAAAUCAGUGAAGAAACCUUGCCUGAGGAACCUAACUACUUCACAGCUGCAUUUAACAGAGAGAGAAGUAACCAGUUCAUAAUUGACGACCAUGAGACGUUUUUCAGUCACAGUCAGCGUACUCGCAUAGUGUACGAGGUUCUGAGCCGUGCCAGAUAUGACGACAGCAAUAAACUCAGAUUUGGCAUCAUCAGAAUGUUGGACAAUGACAGCUACACAGCAGCUUUCUCCUUACAUGAAGGCUCCUAUUCGUCAGAGCAUUCUGUUAUCACACAUGGCUAUGAGAAUGAGAGACGGCUUCUCUAUGAACUCUGGGCAAAGCCAAAGGCUUUCUACAAGCAGCAACCAUUAGAUCUGAUACGGAAAUACUACGGUGAGAAAGUGGGCAUCUACUUUGCCUGGCUCGGAUUUUACACGAUUUGGCUAGUGCCGGCAUCUCUUGUUGGCAUGGUGUGCUUUCUUUAUGGUUGUUUCACUCUCUACAAAAACAUACCCAGUAAUGAGAUCUGUGAGCCAGGUGGACUUGGCAGUACAGUGAUGUGCCCACUGUGUGACCAACUCUGUCCAUUUUGGGAGCUAAAGUCUAGCUGCUUCUACUCUCGUCUGACUUAUCUAUUUGAUAAUCCGGCGACAGUGUUUUUCUCUAUCUUCAUGUCUCUGUGGGGUACACUGUUCCUGGAGUUCUGGAAGCGCAAGCAGCAUGUCAUUGCCUGGGACUGGGACGUGCUUGAGUACGAGCAGGAGCAGGAGAGCCUGCGACCACAGUACGAGGCUCAGGCUAGCCACAAGAAGACCAACCCCAUUACUAAGCUCAUAGAGCCUUACAUACCUUGGUGGAACAAAGCCACGCGCGUGCUUACGUCUGCUACUACAAUUCUAUUCAUGCUGUGCGUCGUGCUGGCAGCCAUAUUUGGCGUGAUCGUGUAUCGCAUCGUCAUCGUGUCUGUUCUCUACGCGAGCGACGUUGCUCUGGUGAGACAGAAUGCCAAACUCACGACGACGAUCACUGCGGCAACACUCAACUUGCUCGUCAUCAUUUUGCUGAGUAAGAUCUACCGGUGGCUCGCCAUAUGGCUUACAAAUAUAGAGUGCCCACGAACGCAGUCAGACUACGAGGACAGCUUCACAUUUAAGAUGUUCCUCUUCCAGUUCGUCAAUUUCUACUCAUCGUUAUUCUACAUUGCAUUCUUCAAGGGCAGGUUCGUGGAUUAUCCCGCUGACAAGGAAUAUGUGAUUUUUGGAUAUCACAUGGAUCAGUGUGACCCUGCAGGCUGUCUCAUUGAGCUCUGCAUACAGCUCGGAAUCAUCAUGGUUGGCAAGCAGUUCCUUAACAACUUUAUGGAGUUAGGUCUUCCGUUCCUAAUGAAUUUCAUCCGGAAGAAGAAGAGUAACAUAAGCAAUGAGAGCACAAAGGAGCAGCAAGCGAGUACGCGCUGGGAACAGGACUAUGUGCUCGCAGCCACGCCGCCCCUCGGCCUGUUUGAUGAAUACCUCGAAAUGGUGAUCCAGUUUGGUUUUGUGACGUUGUUCGUCGCAGCGUUUCCUCUCGCGCCUCUGUUCGCCCUUCUCAACAAUGUCAUAGAGAUACGGCUGGACGCGUUCAAGUACGUAACGCAACUAAGACGUCCUCUAGCUGCCAGGGCGCAGGACAUUGGAGCGUGGUAUAACAUUCUGAAGGCGCUGUCCAUACUGUCAGUCAUAUCAAAUGCCUUCGUAAUUGCGUACACAUCAGAUUUCAUACCCAGACUGGUGUACCUGUACGCUUACAGCGGCGAUGAGAAAAAGUCUGUCGCAGGUUAUAUCAAUGGCAGCCUGUCCUACUUUGAUGUGAAAGACUUUUUACCUACGGUUGCACCCGACCCAAACCUAGAAGCAAACAAGGAGCUAAAUGGCACGGAAAUCUGCAGGUAUCGAGGGUACAAUUAUCCCCCAGGCCACCCAAAACAGUACCAUUCUACCAUCCAGCAUUGGCACAUAGUAGCUGCCAGAUUUAUCUUCGUGGUUGUGUUCGAGCACGUCGUGUUCUUCCUAACCAGCACCAUCGCCGUCUUCAUCCCAGAUGAACCAGGCAGCGUACGAGAUCAGAUCCUGCGUGAAAAGUUCCUUGCUAAGGAAGCUCUCUACGCCGCUGAAUUACAGAAGACUAAGACAAAACGAGAAGACGAUGACGAGGAAACUGCCAGUGCGAAGGAGUUGGAAGGAGGGGGCGGUGGGGCAGGAGCCGAAGGGCUGAGAUACCGGCCGGGAACGUAGUAAAACAUUAAUUUCGUUAGGUGGCCGAAUGAAUCUAGGAGAUGUUUCGAUGGGUCCGGGGAAAUCUGGGUGAAAUGGGAGUGGUGCUUUGGCAUCUUCCCAGUUGGCGAGAGCUUCCGAAGCCACGUGAAAUAAUAAGAUAUUCUGGUACAUGAACUUCGUUAAGUGUAAGAAGAAACUUGUUAUGAAGCUUAAUCAGUGACGUGAAUUAUGGGACAUAGUUUACUGUGUUAGUGUAUCUCUCUGUGUUAGUGCCCUUUUAAUGUGUGUGUGUCUGAAACAUGGGGACAUCCUACAAAAUUUGUGCCAGGAGAUGGUUUAGUUUUUCUAGACUAAAUAUAAUUGGCUGCAAUAACAGUAUGAUAGUUAACUCCAGUUUCCAAGAAAUUGUAAUUGUACAACAAUAGCUAAUGUUUAGGUGUUAAGUUAAAAUAUCCUACAAAGACAUCUAUAAUGGUUUUUAGGGAAAAUGUAGAAAUCCUUUUCAUUUAAAGUACGAAACUCAUUUAUAUUGGCUUUGCUUUUAUUUAAAUUGGUAAGAUCAUACCAGGAGUGAAUAAUACACGCCUUAUGAUACCCUAUCUCAUCAGGGCAGUCAUACGGCCAAAAUCUGCCCACUUGAUCUAAAUAUCAUGAUCAGAUAUCAGUUUUUCUGAUUACAUCUGGCAUGACACGUUGUGUUUAUCAAAUUAUGCUGUUAUUUUUUUAACCAGCAUUUGCUCUUGAAUUGUUUAUCACUUCAGUGAUAUUAUUUUCUGUUUGAACUGGUCUUCAAUGCCAUGUUGGGACGUAGAAUAUGUAUAGGCUCACCAUUAUUUAUACAUUCAUAUAUAACAGUAUUUAUAUGUGCUGUAUUUUCUUCGCCAACGUGCCAUAAGGGGCUUGGUGUUAUGCAUAUCUUCAUUCGAUUUCUAUGGGAUUUGCCAAGUCGAACGUAUAUGUACAUAAUACAGACCUGUGUCGUUUUGGUUUCACAUCACUGUAUUUCAUCAUGAUAGUUUUAAAUGACGUGUGUGUGUGUGAUGAUACGAGUAUGUAUAUUAUAAUCUCAAACCUAAAGAUUGAUAGAAUCUCUAUGAAUAUAUCAGUAGUGCGUAUAACAACUUGUUAUUGUGCAAUGUGCACUAUAUUGUUUACACGCUAGAUUUCAUUAAAGUGUGCACCAGUAUUUAUUUGUGUAUGCUGCAGUGAUCCUCAUGAUAUAUCAUUAUUUCCUUUAAUUUAGUUAUUAAUCCAUGGAAUAAUAAUAAUAAUCAUAGUAAUACACUUGCCAACUGAUCUCCGUUAAUAUUAACAAAGUACACGCUUGGAUACGUUCACUAGGAAUAACUGCAAGUUUAAUUAAAUCGAUUAUAAAAGAUUGAACCAGAUUCAUUUCGUUUCAAAUUAUGACGUAUUAGCGAAAAGGCAUGUUUAUGUAGUCUUUGUGUAUUGUUAGGCUGCAUGUAUCUGAGAUUUUUGCUCUUAUGCACGAGGAAUCUCACGACAUGAUCAUUUUCUGACCAUUCACGAACUGUUUGUGUGGAUAUAUUUUUUAAUUUGUUUUAUAACAUAGCAUAUAUUGUAAACGACUGUCUGUCUGAUCCAAGCAAGGCAGAUACUAAUUAUGUAUACCAUUUUACCAUUUCAAUAGAUUUGGUAAUGUUUUCCUACUGCUCUAUAUGUACUCUGUGAAUAUAUAUGUUCUGAAAAUAUUUUCUUCAUAAUAACAGUCUGUGCUGCGUUUUGUGGAUCUUAAAUUUGUUCCUUUAGCAACUAAAUCUUAACCCAGCUCGUAACUCAAUAUGAAUGAUAAUAUAGACAAAUAGUACUCUUCCAAGGACAUGGGACCACAAAGUAAAACAGCCAGUGGAAACGUGCAUUUCAGUAUUCACUCCGGGUCAGACUGAUUCUUUUUAGUGGUACAUAAAAUACCAUCACUAACAUCUACUUCUCUUGCGUCUCUCAUUCGUGUUUUCUCCCACUCUGGCGUUGGGCAUAUUUCAAAGCUGUUCCGGCAAAGCAGGUGCCAAUACGUACAAGAUAGAAAUCCAAUAGAUCGGUGGCCUUAUGAGCAUAAAAAAUGGUAGUGUGUUAAUCCUAUGUACCAUUAACCAUGUUCGCACUAUAAAUUUUGUUAUGGUAAAAUAAACUUUAUUCCGUGU